GGGCGGGGAAGGGAAGGAAUCCCCCCCGAGAGUUGUUUAUCAGCCGAGGCAGGUGCCUCCCCUCAGAGCGGAUCCCGAUUUGGCCACCUUUUCUUAUGCAGCGGCCGUGAACCUGAGGGCUCUGAAGGAAAGGGGCCUCUUCUCUCCCCGAACAACCUUUCUCUCCCGGCCCUGCCCUUGGCUUCCAGUGAAUGCUGUUUGUUGAGCUUUCGGUUGGAAGGACCCAAAAUGAUUCAGUGUAAGGAGGAAGACCCACAAAGCAUUCCAUUAUAAAUCAAGAAGGUAUAUAUAAUAGUCUACCACAAUGUCUGGAGUUGAAGAUGCUGCUGGUGUGUUAUCUGAAGUGAGCCUUGAUGAUGCAUGUAAAUUGUCAAGUGAAAACAAAGAAGCCAAUGCAAGCCCUAAAGAUCUUGUGGUCACUGUUGGAGCUACUGUACCCACUGGCUUUGAGCUGACUGCAGCAGAUGAAGUACAAGAGAAACUCGGAUCAAAGUCUCUAAUCAGUAAGGACCGAGGGAAAAUCUAUUUCAAAAUUCCUGUUACCAACCUUCCACAGGUCCACAAGUUAAGAUCAGUUGACAACUUAUUUGUUGUUGUUCAAGAAUUCAGUGAUUUUCAGUUCCAAGAAAGUAAGGAAGAAGCACUAAAGGAUUUAGAGGACCUCGUUAAGACACUGCCUUGGACUGAUCCUUUGGAAGUAUGGAAGUUAAAUACAAGCCUUAAGAAAAGAAAAACAAAAUGGAAAAAAGGCAAUCAAAAAAGUAAUGCUAAGAAGGAGAAACCAGAGGAUGCCAUAGAUGAAGAGGGAGCUGUUAGCAACGAACUGUCUGAUCCCGUGCCAAGUGUUUCGGAGUCUGCUGAGGUGCAGGACCCUGGAAGUACUGAUGAAAUGUUACCAGAAGAAGAAGAAGAUCUAUCUGAUUCUAAAGAAGACAUAACUUCUAAUGGUGAAAACAAAAAUGGAUCAGGUGACUGCAAGAAGCACGAAAUGAAAGAUGAGCCGCUGAAGUUCCGUGUGACGUGCAACAGAGCUGGCGAUAAUCACAGCUUUAAAUCAAAUGAGGCAGCAAGAGAUUUUGGAGGAGCUGUGCAAGACUUCUUUCAAUGGAAGGCAGAUAUGACGAAUUUUGAUGUGGAGGUUCUUCUCAACAUCCACAAUAAUGAAGUAGUAGUAGGGAUUGCCUUAACAGAGGAGAGUCUUCAUAGAAGAAAUAUCACACAUUUUGGGCCUACAACUCUUCGAUCCACUCUAGCCUAUGGUAUGCUCAGGUUCUGUGAUCCACAGCCAGCAGACAUAAUAAUUGAUCCAAUGUGUGGGACAGGUGCUAUCCCAAUAGAGGGUGCUGCUGAAUGGCCUAACUGCUACCAUCUUGCUGGAGAUAACCAUUCACUGGCUAUCAAGAGAACAGCAAAUAAUAUCUCUUAUAUACUGAAGCAACUUCAGAGUGAAAAAGGCACAUCUCCAAGCAAGCCCAUAGAUUGUAUUCAGUGGGACAGCUGCAAUCUACCACUCAGGACUGGCUCUGUGGAUGUUGUUGUGACAGAUAUGCCAUUUGGAAAGAGGAUAGGAUCUAAGAAAAAGAACUGGGAUCUCUACCCAUCCUGCCUUAUGGAGAUGGGUCGGAUCUGCAGACCAAGGAGUGGGAGAGCUGUGCUGCUGACUCAAGAUAGGAAAUGUUUUCUCAAGGCCUUGUCAAAAGUGGGACAUCUGUGGCGGAAGUCGCACACAAUCUGGGUGAAUGUGGGGGGACUCCAUGCUGCUGUUUACCUCCUGAAACGCUCUGCAGAAGCAUUUGAGAGGAUAGCAUCACAGUGGUAAAAUCUUGACCAAUAUUCUAGAUCAUAACUGCACUCUACUGCAUUUCUGAAAGCCAUGUGUAAGAUGUCUGUGUUGCCAUAUCAGCCCUUUGUGAUGUUGAAUGGGUUGAAAAUAUGAGCUGGUGGCAAGCUUAUUGAUCAAUGUUAAAUCUUGUCAUAUCCAUGUAGAAGCUCUUCAAGGAACUUUGAGGGUACAAGUAGAAAAAUAUAGCCAAGGUAUUCAUGAGUAAGUCUUCUUUGUACCUGUGUUUCUGAGCUUACUGUUUAAGAUUCAGUAAAAAAAUAUAUUUUUCAUAUUCACAGGGCAAGUUAUCUGUUUUUUUGUGAAGAUAGCAGGAUAGCCUCUGAUUACAGAAUGACCUUUUCUGCAGUCUUAUCUCCGAUUGCAGAAAAGCUAAUUCAAAAUAUGUUUGAGAGUCCACAACACAAUUUCCAGAGCAUUAUUCAGCUUAGAAUCUAUUUUAGAUAGACACAGUGCUUUCCAGUGAACAGAUUUUGCCACUAGAGAGGUCCUUCCAUUAAGUUCAUUUUAGCAUUGCCAAAAAUUAGCAAUAGGGAUACUAGAAAUUAUUGCUUCAAUUUAGAAUUUGAUGAGCUCUGGAUUACAGCCUAAGAACUUGAUAAUGCUGCCCUGUUUUCUCAUCUGCUACCUCAGUUACCUUGUAUACAUCAAUAUGCCAUUUGUAUUGCUACUGAAUUUAGUAGUGAAAGCAUGUAUCAUCAGCCUUUGUAUUUUUUCAAUAUCGACACAUACAUAAGACUUUGAAAAUACUGUAGUUUUCAUAUAUAUACUGGUGAUUUUGACACAGAACAAUGUGAAUGACAAGGAUACACAGAUUUAGUGUAUCACUUAACAAAAUUAUUAAACAGUAGAAAAACUGUUUUCACUUCGUUCUUGGGGAGAUUGUCAGGUGAUUGCCAUACUCUAUAAAUAGUUAUUUUGCCUGCUCUAUUGGAAUGCUGAGACUGAAUUGUCAAAUUUGGGAGUCUUUUCAUGUUAGCUUGAAAUGAAUGAUAAAACAAACAAAACCCCAAAUAUUCCAAGAUACAUGCUUUGGAACUGAGGCAUUGAAACCCAUAUAGUAUAAAUGUUUGAGUAUUGUUGUUUGAAUUUUGAGUUAAUUAAAAGUGGGAAGGGGCUAGUGACUAGAAAAAGCUACUGGCCAAAAUCCUGUUGCUUAGCUGUAUAAUAAAUAUCAGUAUAGUAGGCCCAUUGAAUCAGUGGGGGGCUUGCCAAGUCAGCUCCUCUGUAAAUUCUACUGAUUCAAAUAGACCUACUUUAGCUACUGUUUAUUGUGCUAAAAUAGCAGCUAGAGGAGGCAGAUUUCAAUCAGUGGAACUUACAGAGGAGUUGAUUCACCAAUUCCCCAUGGAUACAAUGGUCCUACUUUAGUGCAAUUUACUACUCUAAGCAAUAAGAAUUUGGCCAUUGAGUUAUAAGAAAUAAAUUACCAGCACUGUUCCGGUUACUGUAAAAAGGUAGCUAGCUAUUUGUCUCCAAAGCACUUUUGCUCCUUAAGAUUCUGUUGCCUGUCUAUGGAGUUUGCUUUGGUGUCUCAUACGUAGUAGUUGUUUUAUUGACUGUAAUUUUUACCUGUAUGUAAUAAAGAUUUACAACAAUGACCUUUCUUUUGUUGUAAUGUUUAUGACCAUGUGAAACAAUACUAAUAGUUUCUUUUGGAGGCAAUUUUGUUGUAUUUGCAAGUGUAGGAAUUUCUUUUUUUGUUUCCUUGGCUUUGAACUUCUCCAUCCCUAUACAGUUUUCCCUAUUGGAGAGCUUCCAGUGUAAUUCCUACUACUUUGCAAAAAUACAAACAGAUCUGCCACAGUAAGCAAAGGAAAUCCUUUCAGAAGCACUGCAUAUAUUAAAUUUCCCCCUCUCGUUCCAGUACUAAGGUUUUUCCUCCAAAGGAUCUUCCAUCUGUCACAGAGACUUGAACCAAGUGCUUGGUCACUUACUUAGGAAUAAUGUUACUGUUAUCUGUUACAGCCAGGUAGUCACAAAACUGGAUUGGUUUUGGUCAUGGUGUUAAGCAAUUGAGAAAUCAAAGGAUUAUGGAUUUUGGUGCUUUUCUGGAAAAUUCAGGCUUUGUAGUCAAUGCCUGGAUCUAGCCUGCUGAGCAAAGGAUGGAGGUCAUGGCCAUCAGUCAUUGGAAAAGAGGAACACCUGCAGCUUAUUGGUGUGAGACCGAUCUUCAAGGUCAAGAUGGCUCAUUCCCUGAUACUAAGUUAAUUGGGGAAAUGGUUUCAGCUGAGUGAGGGGAGAGGAGGAGAAAUGGCUCUCAUCAUCUUGAUUGUUCAAGGGAACUGCAUGCCUGAUUGGAAGACCCUCUGGAAAAGUCCAGAACCUGAAGUUAUGAAACGGAGAAAGAAGUUACUUUAGUUAGUUUUAUUAUUUCUUAGGAGAGACACUGUGUUCCUUGGCUUCAAGGAUUGCGCUUCAUAUAUGUUCUGAGAUUAUGCUGAAGCUAUGAUAAGAGUCUAAGUACUGGAAUAGUUCAGCUAGCUUUAUUUUCAGGUGUGUUUGCUCUGUAUUGCUCCCUUCUCAAGUUUUAAUUAUUUGCUCCAAAAUCUUUUUGACUGUUCUUGUAACUGUUGAGACUGUUCUUGAAUUUUUCUCCUCUUUUUGAUCUUUUCAGUGUUUUUAAAUAAAAUAUAAAAUUUCUUGA